CGCUGCUCUCAUCUCAAUCCCCGGCUAAACCUUCUCCAUCUCCACCGUGCAUUGUACCAUCUUCACAAUCUCCAUCACCGAUGCCGCGAUGUGCUGUAUCCACUUCGACGCAUAAAGUAUCAUCCAAAGAACGUAAGCAGCAGGACCUCCUUGAGACAAGAAUGGAACCUAGGCUCAAAUCGCUGGAGCGAAACACUUCGAUUCCGCAAAUCGACUCUUCCGUUCUCCCACGUAGCCCCCCGCUCCUGAUGUCUCCCCCCCUCGAAGCCGCACUGCUCUUCACAUCUACCUCAUGUGGCGCGCUCAGUUUCGCCACGCUUGCGAAUUUAAGCCCGCAGUUGGUCUCGUGUUCUCCACCAAUGUCCAAAGCAAAGGACUCUGCAGGGCCUUAUGACGGCCCCUUAAACUCAAAGUCCAAGACGAAGGCUGACCUGGGAUCGCCCCAAGUUCUGAAUGCUAAUCAGAGUGCACAUAAGCGCAAGAGUCAAAGUAGAUCCAGGAAAGGGAAGCGGCAGGAGACGAAUAGAAGGACUGAGGCUUCACCGAUGCUGCCGUUCCCCUCAUAUCCUGACCAUCUCGUACAUGCGGGACAGAAGGCAUCUGUUUCAGCGACUCUCACCUCGAGCACCUCGCAACCCACGAUCUCGCCCACGCCCACCAUGCUUGCAAUUCUUGCUGCGGCCCAGAGCUUGGAGCGCGUGAAUGAGAUCUUGAUGAGAGGCUAUAGUGAACGGGCACUUGGCGGUGGGGACAUCGAUGGCGAGGAGAAGAUGUUGAGAGGGGGUGCUGUCGUUGCGGGUAUUGAGGAGAGCUCAGAACAUGGACGAUAUAUGUAGGAUGUAUGAAUUGUAUCUAUUUUUUGUGUUCUUUGUUCAACCUCUUGUUAACUUGGCAUCUAGC